AUGCUCAUUUCAACACCAUCUGUUAAUUCCCAUCAAUUAACAAAUAAUAUAAUACCAUCCAAUACUUUACAUUCUUCACCUCCAUCAUCAUAUUUAACAUCAUCAUUAAUACCAUCAAAUCCAUGUACAUGGUCAAUAAAACAAGUUGAAGAAUGGCUUAUAGAGCAUGAUUUAAAUGAUUGUAUUGAUUUAAUUUGUCAUCAACAUCGUAUGAAUGGACAACGUUUAAUGAAUUUAAACGAAGAUGAUGUUUUACAAUUAAAAGGUACAAAUAAAAAUCAUGAAUUAUGGUUACAAAUUAAAAAAUUACAACAAUUUUAUUCAAGUAAUUAUCAUUUAUGGACACAAAGACAAUCAAUACAACAACAAUCACAAUCUCUACCACUUACACCAUCACCUCAUUUAGCUUCAUCAUCAUUACAAACAUCUAUAUCAUUACGACCUGUUCAACCAGUAAUACAAAUUCGACCAACAUCACCUCCAUUACAAUUUUCAUCAUCGCCAAUGCCAUCAACACAAUCCCAAACAUCAUUUACAUCAUCAUCAUCAACAACAACACCAUCAGUAACACAUACAACAAUACAAAUCAAUCAAAAUCAAAAUCAACAACAACAACAACAACAACAACAAAAUCUUUCUGUCCCAUUAUCAACAAAUCAAACUCAAACAGUAACACCAUCAGCAAUGAUUCUUGAACGUUCACCUUCAACUAUAACACGUACAAAAAAUCAUCAACAAUAUCAACGAAGAACUUCUCGUAGUGUAUCAACAUCAAAUACAUCUGUAAAUCUUCUUCCACUAACAUCAUCAACAACAACAACAGCAACAACAACAGCAACAACAACAACACCACAACGUACAACGAAUACAUUAUUAAAUUUACAUCAUACACCAUCUGAUCAAAUUGAAGAUCAACCAAUAGCUGGUUGUUGUUUUGUUAGUUCAAUGCGUUCUGAUAGAAAAAAGACUUUAUCAGCAUUUCUUCUUGCUUUUUGUACUUUAUAUUUUUGUUCAUUUAUGAUAACUAUUGUUGAUGAACGUUUGCCAGAUCCAAGAAAUUUUCCACCAUUACCCGAUCUUGUACUUGAUAAUGUUAAACAAAUACCAUGGGCAUUUUCUGUUACAGAAAAAAUUAUUGUUAUUGAAAUGGCUACACUUAUAACAAUUAUUAUUCUUCAUCGACAUAGGCUGAUCAUACUUCGUCGUUUAUUUGCAAUAGCAGCUGCAUUAUAUUUUCUUCGAAGUCUUACACUAGUUUUUACAUCAUUACCAGUUGCUACAGAAAUCACUGAUUGUCGACCUGAGAGAUUCAGUAGUUUUGGUGCUCGUUUAAAAAAAGCCAAUUUAAUUUUUCUUGGUCAGGGAAUGUCAUCAUUUGGUGUUAAAACCUGUGGUGAUUAUUUAUAUAGUGGUCAUACAUGUACACUUAUCCUUGCUACACAUUUUAUCAACGAAUAUUCACCACGUUCAUAUCGUCUACUUCAUUUUCUCAGUUGGAUAAUGGCAUUAACUGGUAUGUUUUUUAUUUUGGCUGGUCAUCAACAUUAUUCAAUUGAUAUUCUUGUUGCAUGGGUACUUAGUUCUCGUUUAUUUAUUUAUUAUCAUACUCUUGCUAAUAAUCGAACAUAUUUCCAACGAGAUAAAAAUCGAAUGAGAAUAUGGUUUCCAUUUUUUUCUUAUUUUGAAGAAAAUGUAAAACAAGCACUACCAAAUGAAUAUUGCUUACCAGGUUUUAUCAAACAAGCACGUACGACGCUCAAUAGUUGGUUUGAUAAAGUUCGAUAUCCGACAGAUUGA